AGUGGUUAGGAGUAGGAGGUCGGAGGUACUUUUGGAACGCACCCGUGGAGUUGGCAGUAACACGCCUUAUUGUUGGCCUUCAACCGCGGAAGAAGAGACGAAGAAGAAGUGGCAGCUUGUAAGACAACUUUCUACUUCCCGGUCCUCCCAGCUGGGAAACAUGUUCCGUGUGGGAUCACGGGGACCCGGGCUGAGGGGCCUGCUAUCGGACGCGUUAGGGAAAUAAAGAGAGGCUCGUCGGUUUAGACCAUGCGGGCAACUUUAAUCCGGAGGCUGGUGAAGUUACUCAGCGCUGCCGCUGUGCUGGCCCUGACUGCGCAUAUCUUAGCGAGCUCACUGAGUAAACAGACGCCAGAGCCCAGCCCGCUUCCCCCGGAGGAGUACCGUCUCGUAGACCCUCAGACAUACCGCUACCUCCUCAAUCAGCCCAGUGUUUGCAGGCACAGGAGCCCCUUCCUAUUGUUCAUGGUGCCCGUGGGGGCUGAGGACGCUGCGGCACGGGAGGCCAUCAGGAAAACGUGGAGCGCCUCUGGCCGGGACACCCUCACUCUUUUCUUUGUGGGGAUCCCACAGAGGCCACAGAUGUCGGCCCUCCAGCAGAAACUGGAGGAGGAGAGCAGGCAGCAUGCAGACAUCGUCCAGAUGAACUUUGUGGAUAAUUACCACAAUCUGACAAUCAAAACCAUGAUGAUGAUGAGGUGGCUGGCUACUUACUGCCCCGGUGCGUCCUACGCCAUGAAGGUGGAUGCAGACAUCUUCGUUAAUGUCUUUUACCUGAUCCAGUGGCUGAGGAACUCCCCCAAGGAGAACUUCAUCACAGGGUCGGUGAUCCAGGAUGGCAGGCCACGGCGGAAGCCCAACAGCAAGUGGUACGUGUCAGAGGAGCUAUAUCCAGAGGAGAGCUUCCCCUCCUACGUGUCUGGAGCCGGUUACGUGUUCUCCGCUGACCUGGCAGCCAGGAUCUCCUGGGCCUCCAGGUUUGUGCGGGUCAUCCCUUUGGAGGAUGUCUAUGUGGGCUUGUGCUUGCGGAUACUGGGUGUCAGGCCUGUGUACGCCUACAGCCUGCCGUUCUUCAGAAGCCUGUUCGAAAUCAAAAACCUGAAGUACGACAGGUGCACCUUCGCCAAGUUGAUCAUUGCUAAUGGCUUUAAGGCACCAAAGCUGCUGAGGGUUUGGCAGGACUUUGCCAAAAGCCACGAAAGAUGCUGAUCACAUUUACCUGGUGCCUUACCAGGCAAUUCUAAGAGAGUAAGUCUGCUGCAAAGGAAAGAAGGCCAGCUGAUACACAGAGGUUAGGGUGGCAAACAGCAUCAGCUGAUCAGUCUAUCAACAGAAAAAUAUCUUCUUGAAAACCUUUUAGGUCUUAGUUUAGACUCAUCCUCAUCAGUCUCCUUACUCAAUACUGAAUAUUUGGCUUUUCAUAAACAGAAUUAUAGCAGAUAUGUUUUCAAAUCUACUAAUAAAAAGAAAAAUGGGAACAUUUUUGUAUUAACACUCAACUCAAAAGUUAAUCAAGUACUCAUUUAGGCUAUAAAAAAACCCUUUUGUGAUAAGUUAAGUGUUUAAUUUAUUUCUGUGCCAAAAGUUUGGCGGUUCCACCUUGUCAAAUGUGACACUUUGAUAUUUCCUUUUUGUCAUAAAUUACACUAAACUCAAUCAGAUGAGUUGCUGAAGAAUAUGAUCGCUGUAGGGAAAGUGAGAAUGAAAAUGGUUGUUGCCUUAAAUUUUAAAACUGAUGAGGAAAGAAAGUAUGUUGAAAAGUUGCUCAACUCAGACAUGUCACUAACAUCAAAGAUCAGAUGUGCCUAAACACUGAUCAGAAUAAAACCCUGCCAGUGAGUACUGAUCUACCUCCUUGGGCUAAGGCCACGUUAAGACACAGCUUUAAACCUUAGCUUCAGUUAGUAAGUCACACAUUCAUUUAAAAAAUGACUUGCCACCUUUUUUACUUUGUGAUAUUAUUUUUUGACCCAAAAAAUAAUCAAAGAGUUAAAAAUGUGACCGAAUUUUCUGUUUGACUCAUCAGUGGGCUCAACAUCUAUGUUACAGUCCCUUCCUUGAGCAAUCAACAGUUCUGUGAUCUUUGAAAGAAAAUGUGUAUUCACUGCAGUGCUUCAGCUUCUUUUACUGCUCCUAGCCUAUGCCAAAGAAGUGCUUCUAUACCAAAGGUUCUUUGAAAGUAUUUUCCUGUUAGUGCCUGAUGGGUUUAGGGUCUAUGUGUACGUGGAGUCACAAAACCCAGCACAACACAGUACUUUUUGCUUCCUGUUUGAAUUGGCGACAGGAAGUUAUGGUAAGUCGCUCAGUUAAGACUCAUGGAUGCCCCCUCCUCUGAAGCAGUUUGCCCUUUUUAGAGUUCAGCAGCAAAAAAACAAAACAAAACAAAACACAGCAUUUCAAGAGAGCAAAGCUGUACUGACACACAUAUUUCUAAAGCAAAGCGUUCGGUGACUAGUCAUGUGUUGUCUGAAUUAACAUUUUGUUUUUGUGUGUUUGUCAGAUUUAGAUUAAGAUCAAAUCACGGUCCUCAGACCUGCACCGUGACGUUUGUUUGUACUGCAGAGAAAAAUACCAAAGAUACCUCACCAGUGGCUCGUGCACUGCACUUUAAGACGGGUUUGUCGGAAUGAUUCUCGAUGUGUUAAACAAAAAUGUCUAAAUUGCACUGAUUACUUUAUACUGCAAUCAAGCUAUGUGUAUCCCGCAGCUUUUUUUGUCAGGGUCCCGUUUACUCAUGCAUAGUAGUCAUACAUGACAAACCAGCAGGUGGCAGUAGUGACUUGAAGAUGAGAAAUCAGGUUUACUGCUGGUGAUUUAUUGUGAUAACUGUAGGGUGUUGCAGGGAUAAAAUGUCACCUGUGAGUUGGUUCAAUAUAAUUUUUGCCUGUCAAACAGGAAGCCUGAUCAUCCCUGUUUAAUAUUACUGCUGCUGCUGCUCCUUUGGAGGCUCCUUUGCCAACCUUGACAAAUGCUGUUUCUAUUUAGCGUGUAUAAUUUUUAUAUAAAUAAAACUUUUGGAAAAUGUGGAGUGGGGUGUUUGAGAUGUUAUGUGUGUUAAAUAGUGGAGGAAUUUUUCCAUUUUUGUUAUAUUAUUGCGCAAUAAUUUUAAAUGUAUCCUUGUUUAACCCUAUUGGAUUUGUUUUGGCCAUAAUUUAUUAUUCUGACAAAAUAUGAAUUGAAUGUGAUUUAUUGCAAUUCAGAAUUAUAACAAGCCAUUUGGUGAAUAGAUUACAUGGGCCAUCACACUAUAACAGUAUCCUGGUAGUGAUAUUAGAAUAGGACCCUCUGGAGGCUGGACGCUGGCGGUGAUGAAGAUGAAGAUGGUGGCUCCAGUGACUAUGGGGUGCUUUUGAGGAGGGCUGAUCAAAUGAGAAUCUGAAAGACAGAAGAGCACAGAGAAUGGAGGCUUAUUGGCUCAGAGAAGAGGGGAAAGAAGUUGAUUGGACAAGAGCAGAGAUAUCAGCAUUGAGUCUGACAGUAUGGGGAAGUGGAAGUGAUCUAAAGAACAGACACACAGCUAGAUUAAUGUUCUGAUUCUUUUAAAGCACAUUUCUAUUUAAUUUCAGCACUCAAAGUGCUUUCACGUCACUCCCACACACAACAUUUAUCUAACAUUUAAACACGUUCUGGUGGAUGCAUCAGGGGCAACUCAGGGUUCAUAUCGACAGGAAGCACCAGAGAUCAGUUCCCUAAUCUUUGGACUGCUACAUGAACUGCUUUACUGCCUGAGCCACAGCCACCUGAGAUGUGUGAUUACAGUUGUUCCCUAUUGAACCUGUGUAGCAGCUUCAUUUAUUAAACAUCCAUUGUAUUCAGUUUUGUCUUUUUCUGUUUUUGCUGUAACUAAAGAAUUUCUGAAUCUGUGUUACCCAGUAA